AUGUAUAAAAUACAACGAUGUGAAACUUGCUUCGAAGUUAAAGCAUCAAUAUUUAGGACAAGUUUGAAACACGGCACAGGAGUUCCAAAUCUUAACCUCGCAAUUGAUUUGCUGCACCCUUCGCCCGCGUCAGAGAGGAGGAAGCACAAGCUCAAAAGGCUAGUGCCCCAUCCUAACUCUUAUUUCAUGGACGUGAAAUGCCCUGGUUGCUAUAAAAUCACAACGGUAUUCAGUCACGCGCAGAGAGUAGUGGUAUGUGCUGGGUGUUCAACAAUCCUCUGUCAACCCACUGGUGGCCGCGCUAGAUUAACUGAAGGUAAUUAUUAUUUUAAAUUAUAUAUAUCUUAA